UAUCUUUUCUUCCUCUUUUUUUCCUCCUCCUUCCUUUUCUUCCUCUUCCCCCUCUUUUCUCCUUUAUUCUUUCCCUCUUCCCUUCCUUUUCUUCUUUUCCAUUCUUUUUUCUCCUCCUUCGUUCUUGCUCCUUCUUCCUCCCUUUUCUUUAUCCUCUCCUCAUUUUCUUCUCUUCUCCUCCAUUUUCCUUUCUCCUCCUUCAUCUUACUUCCUUCAUUUUCCUUUCUCCCUUUCCUUUUCCUCCCUCUCUUCCUCCGGGAUACCUCCUGUAGUGCGGAACUCUGCCGCCAGGAGACAUAAGAGUGAUUGAGGAGAAAGAAAGCGAUCUGAGAGGGCGUUGGAGGCGAGGUCCUGUCAGCUGAACGCUGCAGCACAUGAUCGCAGCCGGCCGGUCUCUUGAGUCACAUGACGGAGCCGGAAGAGGCCCGGGAAUGGCUCUGGGGAGGGCACUGAGGCUGGAGGCCGAGGCUGGAGGCGGGAACAGCCACUAUGUCUACUCAGCGACUUCGGAAUGAAAACUAUAGUGGCUACAGUUCUACAGAAGUGAGCCCCACUGAGUCCCCUUCCGAUGGACUAGAUGACUUCUCUGGCUCAAGCUCCUACCAGCGGUUUGGAGAAACCAAUGGGACAACAUGGUUCCAAACCUUGAUCCACUUAUUGAAAGGGAAUAUUGGCACAGGUCUCCUGGGGCUGCCCCUAGCAGUGAAGAAUGCAGGGAUCUUGAUGGGUCCUCUCAGUCUGUUGCUUAUGGGCAUUGUAGCUGUGCAUUGUAUGGGCAUCCUGGUGAAGUGUGCUCAUCACUUCUGCCAGAGGCUACAUAAACCCUUUGUGGACUAUGGAGACACAGUGAUGUAUGGGCUGGAAGCUAGUCCCAGCUCUUGGCUUCGGACUCAUUCUUUAUGGGGAAGGCAUAUUGUAAGCUUCUUCCUGAUUGUCACCCAGCUGGGCUUUUGCUGUGUAUAUUUUGUAUUUCUGGCUGACAACUUUAAACAGGUGGUGGAAGCAGCCAAUAUGACGACCAACAACUGCAAUAGCAACGAGACAGUGUUGCUGACGCCCACCAUGGACUCACGAUUGUAUAUGCUCACUUUCCUGCCUUUCCUGGUGCUGCUGGUGUUUGUCCGAAACCUUAGAGCCCUGUCUAUCUUCUCGAUGCUGGCCAACAUCAGCAUGUUGGUCAGCCUUGUUAUGAUCUAUCAGCACAUCGUCCAGGGAAUUCCAGACCCCAGAAACCUGCCAUUGGUAGCAAAUUGGAAGACCUAUCCCCUGUUUUUUGGUACAGCCAUAUUUGCAUUUGAAGGCAUUGGAGUGGUGCUUCCCCUGGAAAAUAAAAUGAAGGAACCCAAGCAUUUUCCAGUCAUCCUAUAUGUGGGAAUGACCAUCAUUACCCUUCUCUACAUCAGUCUUGGGUGCCUGGGCUACCUUCAAUAUGGACCAGCCAUACAUGCCAGUAUAACUCUCAAUCUGCCCAAUUGCUGGUUGUAUCAGUCUGUCAAACUGCUUUAUUCCGUUGGGAUUUUUUUCACCUAUGCCCUGCAGUUCUACGUCGCUGCAGAAAUCAUCAUUCCUUUUUUUGUCUCUCGGGUGACAGAGCGUUGGGAGUUGAUGGUAGACUUAUCUGUCCGUGUAGCCAUGGUCUGUCUAACAUGUGUCUUGGCCAUCUUAAUUCCCCGGCUAGACCUUGUCAUCUCGUUGGUGGGCUCCGUGAGCAGCAGCGCCCUGGCUCUGAUCAUCCCACCACUCCUGGAGAUCGCUACAUAUUACUCGGAGGGCAUGAGUCCCAUCACCAUUGCUAAGGACAUCUUGAUCAGUGUCUUAGGCUUUGUUGGAUUUGUGGUGGGCACCUACCAAGCAAUCUAUGAGCUGAUCCAGCCAAGUGUGUCUCCCACCUUUGCCAACAUUGCUAGUGCCUUUGUACAGUGACCUUUUUGGUACAUUCUCUGCACCACGCCACCAACCCCACCCACCAAGAGUGUGUCACCAAAGCCUUGAAUAAGGCUGGCGAUAACCAAAACGGGCGAGGUAGGGGGCUGCUCUUACUUGUCAAUUAGAGACUUGUAAAUAGGCAGGCCAGUAGGACAGGUAGACAAUUCCAGUAGUGAUGGUGAUCUCUCUGUACUUUUUUUAACCCUUUCAUUCUCUCCCCUCUUACAUUUUGUGGCUUUGAUCUUAGUGCAGCACAACUCUCCACCUUUCAGUGAUUCACCUGGAUAGUUUCCUCUCCUCUAGGUCAUGCCUUCACAAAACAAGGAUCAUCUGUUUGACUGCUAUCCCUGUUCUUUUACCUCUGAUUUUCUUGCCUUCCAGACUCUGUCAGGAGGUUGCACUUUAAACUGCUUUCAGCAGAAUACUUCAAGUUACAGUCUUGAUGCUGGCUUGAUCCAGGUUUUCUAGAGCACCUUAGGCAGCAGGAUCUCUUCAGAGUCUACCACAUGUGAAGGAUGAAUAUGAGUAUAUUCCUCAUCACUUAGCACUUCGAACACAUUGAGUACUGAAUUCAGAAUCUUUCUAUUUAUUUCAAAUUAGCUCCUUGGUCCUGAACUCUCUCUGAGACUGAAGUUGCAGGGUCCUUAGACCCAACUUAUUCUUAACAAACCUCACCUUUGCUUCUCCUACAAAGAAAAUGACUUGAUUUAAAUUGAUGAUUUAUUAUACAUUUGGCAUAAAGAUGGGGAAAACAGCCUGUAGCUCUCACAACCAUCUUCUAAGAGAGGAUUAAUGCACUUGGAACAAGGUUUGAGGCCAAAAAACAAUGGGAUUGAAAAUCUGUAACUGAAAGUAUAGGAAAUUAAUUCUAUAAGCCAGGUUCCCCAUCUCGAUGAGAAUAGAUUAAAAGGUAUAACAGUGUCCUUAUUGACAGCAUGUAUUGGAACCCUGAAUCCAUCCAGAAUUCCCUAGCUCAUUCUCUUCCCUGAUCGAGGGUACAUGCAUUCCAUUGACAAAGAUGAGAAGUCAAGGUCAGCAAGCCUAGUCCUUGAGGUUGUACAGAAACAAAGCAAUUGAGGAAUUCCCACCAUAUGGGGUGAAAUUGUAUUGUGGUACUUGAUUGAUUAAGGAAUUCAGUUGGAGAGCUCAGCAUAGUACAGUCCUUACUGGCUCCAGAGGUGUCUCUGUGGCCCACACUUCUCAUGAGAUCCUUAGGGGACAUGCUUAUGUGGGGCACUGCUAACACUUUUUAUAAGGGAUCCUAUGCUUCUCUCCCUAUGAGACUUCCCUGUAUGCCAGGGGUAUUCAUUUCCAAGAUCUGAGGUCACAUUAGACCAAAUAGAUUUAAAUUAAGGUUUGGAAGCCUCUUAGUCCUAAGUUUGAGAAGGGAUGAAAUUAUACUCUUGAAGAUGAGUUUCACUUAUCUAACUUUUUAUUCUUUCCUCACCCUUCCUGCUCAGGGAUUGGGAAAUAAUUCAGAAGAGCAUUAUUGAAUUCUCUGGCUGUGUGUGUUGACAAAGUUUUAGCAAAGGUCCAUUGGGUGCAUCUCAUACUCCUCCCUGUACCCUCACCAUAUCCCUCUGCUCUGUUGCUCUAGAAAGACAGGUGCCUUAGGGAUUAUGUUAGGGAAAGGAAGUUCAUCUUUCUAUCUUUGCUUUGCCUUUUUGCCUCAAGUAGGACUCAGGCUUCUAUGUCAGUGCAGUGGCUAAGGGCAAAAGCUUCAGUCGUGGCCACCCCAUGUCUCUGGAAUUAGUGGCUUGUCAGAUGUCCUUCCUUCCUUCUUUGCUGCUCCAAAGCCAAAUUCAGCUGGAUGCCAGGUGAAGAAGCUGAAGAAGAAUUUCUUUUUAAAUGUACAAUGUCUUUUAAUGGAUAAAAGACACUUAAAAACUUAAGCAAUAAGGAUUUACAUCAAACAAUCAAACUAAGUACUUAUUCUGGUUCCCUUCCUAUUAGAACCAAAUCAUAAUUUUUAACUUCCUGCCAAUGGGAAUUGUGUUUUCCACCCCGACCUAUCUGCUAUUAGGGGAAAGUAAAGGGGUUUCAAAAACAAAUGCAAACUGCAAUGUACAGAAUGCUGUGGUUCUUUGAUUCUUAAAUUCUAGGAAGAAAUUUCAUAGGCAUUACUCUCCCUAUUUGGCAAGUUUCUGGAAUCUAUGUAGCUAAUCCUAGCAGUCUAUAUAGAAUAGUCCUCAAUCUUCCUCCUUUCUCCUACUUUUUUGGAACCCCUCCUGCAUCAAUGCUCUAGUUUAGGCCGUGACCUCAGGACCUAGAACACUUGAGAUAGAGGCCCAGGACCUCUCAGAUAUGGAGCAGAGGCCAGCUCAUGAUAUCAGUUUUGUGCUCAGAUCUUAAGGGACCAGUGUCUUUGCUUUGCACUUUGUAGAAACUAAUCUAGGAGCACUGUUCUUCCUGUUCACAUUGAAUCUUCUCUCUGCUUAAGCUGCAGAAAUACUCUGAGGCUGCAUUGCUUAUAAAAGACUUAAUGACAGAAGACCCACAAGAAUAAUUUGUUUUUUUCUUUAUCCUCUCAGUAGAGAGUCAGAGCCCUACAGUUCCUAUCCAUUAGGGAGGGUUUCCACCCACCUCCAAAAUAUUUCCCUUUCUUUGUUUCUUCCUCCCUUUGACAUCUCCUUGUUUGUAAAUACUCUAGGCUUUUUACUGCAAGAGACUGUUUCUGUUUGGAUUCUCUCUAUUCCCUAGACUGGCUGAAUUGGUCUGAUCUCAGCCAAGUGUACAAUGACGGAACUUUACAAAGAAUCAGAAUUCUUUCUCCUCACUGAGCACUGGACAUGGGAGUGGAGGUUUCCUAAUCUUACUUGACAAAGUACUCAUCUAGGGAGAGGGCAAAGGGAAAUUUGUAAAUCAACUGGGAUCUGCUGUAUUCCGGCAUUUUGAGUGCAGAUUCCCUGUCCCUGCUAACAUCUCUCUUUACAAGGGCAUUAUUUUUAUUUAGUGUCAUCCAACUGUUGGACCGAUGAGCACUGCUUUAUACGCACAAACCCUGAGCAGAAGUGAAUAGUUUUAGCCUAGACCCUAUAGCCUAAAGUCUCCCUAUUCUGUGAUUCAACUUCUCUAGUUAGUAUUGGAUAUGCUUAGUACUAAGUCCUCAUCCUUUAAAAAUCUAUAAUCUUCCCUUAGAGAAACCUUUUAAGUUUUGUGAAACCCUUAAGGUAGUGAAACUGACAGUGAUAAAUUAGGAAAGAGCUCUUUCCGCCUUCUCUCCACUUGUCUAGAUACCAAUUAGGUAGAAGAAUACCUUCUUUAUUUAACACUACAUAUUCACUUCCUCCCUGUCUUCAAGUAUAAAAUCCCAAAUUCAUUGUUUACACAUUUAUUCCUUAUUCACUACUGUAAAUGAAUUGGUUUCAGUAUUUAAUCUGUGUAAUAAAGUAAUAGAGGAUCAGGGCUUAAUGUUGCUCCCUGGGCAGAAUAUUAUGUUACACAUUCUCAGAACAGCCAUAAAUUUUCCACUUUCUCCUAAUAGAGCCAUAAAGUGAAUAUGAUUUUAUUGGGUGACUACAGAAUUGUCCUUUGUUUGAAAUUUGCAGAAUUUCCUCAAUCACAAAGUGAAUAAAUAAACUGAAAUGCAGACACAAGGAGAUGAGGGAGUGGAUAUGUAUAUUUUGUCCUUGAAACCUUGGGUAGAAUGGUUUAAGCAAUUUAUUCCUCUAGCUCCAAGUUGAUUUGGUCAGAUGGUGUCAAGUUUCUUCUGAAUCUUUCUACCAUCAAAGUCUCUUAUUAGUUUGGGCAAGGUCAGGGGCAGAAAGUACACAGUCAGAAAUCAAGAAGAGGUUAAUGAAUUUUCAGAGGGUUAAAGUUGAUGUCUGACAAUUACUGAACUGAAAAAUCAACAAUCAUGUUUAUCAUUGUCCAAAUGAAUGAGAGGAUAGAAAGUUUAAAUCCAGUGUAAUAUUGCCACAUGGUAGAUCCUAGUAACCACUAAGAGCUGAUAGUACUAUAAAUGUUUGGUGCCUUGUAUGUUUAUUUUAAGUACAGAUGUGGUUCAUGCAGGAGUUUGUGGGAGAUCUUGUGUUUGAUCUGCAUAUAGAUCAUGUGUUUUUCCUUUCAAUAAAUGAGUUUUUUUUUAAUUUUGCAAGA